AUGUCCGGUGCUGGCUCUAUGAUUGCCUUGGGUCCAUUCUUUGCGAUCUGCCAAGGUUGCGGUGUCUCUAUGCAGAAGGGCCUCUUAUCGUUGGUGAAGCAAGUCGGUAUAACCUACGCGAUCAAUGGCUUCGUCCGCUAUAGUGUCAACAGCAUGCUGCCGGAGGGAUUCUAUCAGACCCAACCGUGGGGCUCUGCCGUAGAGCUAAUGCUCUCUUGCUUGGAUCUGUUGGGUAUGGUCCAGAUUAUAUACUACUCAGACUGUCUUAGGGUUGGCUUUGACGAUGAUGCCCGUCGGGCUUUGGCCGUUGGGGUCACGUGGGCGACUUUGGAAGUUGUGCGUUACAACUAUAACUGGGGUCUUACUAUAGAAAUGCACCAGAGUAAGCUGGCAGUCUUCACCCCAUCUACUCUCAUGAGUAACCUCAUUCUUGCUGGAGACGUCUCCUUAGCUGUUGGUAUCUGGUUGACGUAUAAGUUCGGUCGAGAGUUGCUUCCAAUUCUUGUGGUCUUCCUGUCUGCGUUCGUUCUUCCUGGCUUGGCCAUCUACCUCCGUAUGGCUUUUGGUAUGCAUGAUUGGGACAAUGAGUUCAUCGGUAUCAUUCUGGCAGCCUCGGGAUUGACUUCGCUGUUUGCGUAUUGGGUGUGGGCUAAGUAUUACCCCGACGGAUCGGCCAAGCAAGCUGAGCUCGAUGAGAUCGCCGAAGAGAAGCGUCAGAAGGAAGCUGUUGCCAAGGAAGAGGAGGCCAGGUCGAGCGAUAUGGUUCCUCAACGUCGAAGUAAGAAGGCACGAGCAGCUGCUGCUAAGAAGAACAGGCAUGAUUGA